AAUGAAUCUAAAUAAUAUUGAAAAGGUGAAAACUUCAUUCAGUACCCCCUGGGUUUGGGUCUUGGGUGGAUAAUAGGGUUGAAUUCUUGUGCAAGACACAUAGCUGUUGCAGUGCCUCUUUUCAUCCAGGAAUUUAAAACCAGCAUCUGUCACCUGUCAGGGGAACUUGGUGAAUUGCCGGGAGAUAAUCUACUGUAAACUAGGAUCCCUCUGAUGGGAAGAAAAAUGCCUCUGGUUUUAUUACUUUUGGAUGAUAUUGCAGACAAAUUGAGAUUUGCUCAAGCAGUGUGGCUAUCUUAUGUUACUCACUCCAACAAAGCUGCAAAUUUGUGGAGUUAUAAUUGAUAAAUAUUAAAAGUAUUAAUUGGAGCAUCUUUGAUUCCAGGUGAUAUCUGGGAAGCUGAAGGACCAUUUUCCCUUAGUUGUUUGGCAGACAGGUUCUGGGACACAGUCCAACAUGAAUGUUAAUGAAGUGAUCAGUAAUCGUGCCAUUGAGCUGAUGGGUGGCGAGAUGGGAUCAAAAAAACCUGUCCAUCCUAAUGAUCAUGUCAACAAAAGCCAGAGCUCUAAUGACACAUUUCCAACGGCAAUGCAUAUAGCAGCAGCAAUGGAGGUGCAUGAACGUCUCUUACCAGGACUAAGAAAGCUUCAUGGUGCACUUCAGGCUAAGAGCACAGAUUUCAAGGAUCUUGUUAAGAUUGGUAGAACACAUACACAGGAUGCCACGCCCAUAACUUUAGGCCAAGAAUUCAGCGGUUAUGUUAAACAGAUAGAGUAUGGUAUUGCAAGGGUGGAGGGCACCCUUACAAGAGUAUAUGAGCUGGCUAUUGGUGGAACGGCUGUGGGCACAGGACUGAACACAAGAAUAGGAUUUUCUGAAAAGAUGUCAGCUAAGAUUGCAGAGUACACUAAGCUACCAUUCACAAGUGCACCAAACAAAUUUGAAGCCCUUGCAGCUCAUGAUGCCAUGGUAGAGCUUCAUGGAGCACUCAAUGUGAUCGCUUGUAGUUUGAUGAAGAUUGCAAAUGAUAUCAGGUUUUUAGGCUCAGGUCCUCGCUGUGGAUUGGGUGAGCUGACGCUUCCUGAGAAUGAACCUGGGAGCAGUAUCAUGCCAGGCAAGGUUAACCCAACCCAAUGUGAAGCCAUCACCAUGGUCGCAGCACAAGUCAUUGGCAACCAAACAGCUGUGUCAGUUGGUGGAAGUAAUGGUCAUUUUGAAUUGAACGUCUUCAAGCCAAUGAUAAUCAGAAAUGUUCUGCAGUCAACACGGCUUAUUGGAGAUGCAUGUGUAGCCUUUACAGAUAACUGCAUUGUGGGAAUUCAAGCUAAUGUGGAUAGAAUCAACCAGUUGCGUGAUGAGUCACUCAUGUUAGUGACAGCAUUGAACCCUCAUAUUGGUUAUGACAAUGCCGCCAAGAUUGCAAAGAAAGCUCACAAAGAAGGCACAACUUUGAAGGAAGCUGCUAUAAGCCUGGGAUUGUUAACAGAAGAACAGUUUGCUCAGUGGGUGAGACCAGAAGACAUGUUAGGACCAAAGUGAAAAAUAUUUAACAUUGGUGGGACAUGAGUUGAAGCAAAAUGAAAAACCUCAAGUUUUCAACUCACAUUUUCCAACUUUUACUAGGUUUUAAGACAAUUUAACAAUUUGUGCAAGUUAUCAAGUUUACAACUGAGCUAAUUUCAAAGCAUUUGCCAUGAAACUUCUUUUGGAAUCCAGAUGCAGUAUUGGUAGUCCAUUUAAUUUAAAUACAAUACAUAUAGAUGUACAUGUACAUGUUGUUCUUGAAAUUAAAUGCCCACUAUUCCAGUGCGGUGAAAUUACGCAAAGGGGUGAUUUUCAAAAUUAAAGUACCUGGCUGAGAGUUGCACAAAAAGAACACCUACCAGAAACGUAAUGUGGUUAAUUAGGUCAAGCUGUGUUGUGGAUUUGGGAUGUAUUUUAAAUGUUAUUCAGCAAUUUGUGAAAUACAGCAGCUGUGACUUGGUGGUUAGGCAAGAAAGUAAAUUUGCUGUUUCAUCAACCAAGUUUUUCAUCUGUUUACAAAAACAACAUUACAAAUUAAAAAUACAUUUACUUUUCUA